AAGAUAGUUAGACUUACAAGAGUAAUGUGAGUUUUCUGUCCUCAUUUGAGUUGAUCAUGGGUGAAAGAAUUCUAAUGUUCCUACUACUCAUUUUCAGUUCUUUGUUAGUUGUCACAGCAAGAACAGCGAAUCGAGAUUACCAAACUCUGCUGGCUCUAAAGAAUGAGUGGCAGAACACACCACCGGAUUGGGAACGCUCGAAUGAUCCUUGUGGCGAUGGUUGGAUUGGCAUUGGGUGCAUCAAUGGAGCCGUUACCUCCAUAACACUGUCAAGCAUGCAUUUGACCGGCCAGCUUUCAUCAGAAAUAGGAGGACUAUCUGAAUUGCGGAUUCUGUACGUGUUCUACUUUAGUCUUGUAUUGUAA